AUGGCCCCUUCGCCGGCUCCGCAUGACAGGCCUUCGUUUGGCCUUGAAAGUGCUCCUCCGACAUCAUCAUCACCAACCGCCCAGAGGUCCGCCGCCGCGAUUCCCCCGCCUCCACCAACUGCCUCGGCAACACAGAAUGCAGCGGCGCCACCAACACGUUCUGACAGUGCCAGCCCGAGAGGGACCACUGCGGGUUCGAAUGCCCACAAAUCAUCGCCUCCCAGCGCAUCUCGAAACGCCGGAGGUCCCAAAAUUGUGGUCAAAAAAGAACCCGGGUCUCCCGAUUUGCCCACAACCAGACACAGACCGAAGAAGCUCGAUCUCUCCAAGGACUCAAACAUUGUGUCCCCGGCAACCGGGCGACCAUUGACGGCACGAGAGGGACUAGGGAUUCAAGAGGUUGGCCUUGCGUGCUUGUCGCCAGGCUUCGUCACGCAAGAUCCCGUCAUGAACGCAAAUGUGCAGCGCAGCAUGAAUGUCAGGGAGCAGCAGCGGCAGAUCAUUGAGGCGAGGUUACAGCAGCAAUCAGCCAAGGGCGACGGCCCUAAUAAGGACAAGGACGGAAGCCACUUUGCCGCGAAAACGCCCGGCCUCGCCCGUAAGCGCGGCGCGCCGCCCGGUCUGAGCAUUAUCGCACCCCCGCAUGAGCACUUUGCCAACGAAAGGGUAAUCCAGUCCGCGCCGCUAGGUCAGACGUUUACGGGCAUGCACAACCCGCACCCUCUUACGCGCCACAUUACCAAUCAACCCUCAAAACUCUCCAACACGUCGCACAUUCACCACGUACCCGCGACACAGACAAACAACCGCCUGCCCCCGAUCGCCGACGUCUUUGGGCAGAAUCUCUCAGGACACCCCGAUUCGAGCGGCCACGGCCUCUAUCCCGGCCAAAACCGCGGCCCCCUGGCAUCCCCGCACCACCCGCCAGCACCACCCCACCAGGCGCCUGCCCACCAGGCACCGACUCCGGGCAGGCCUAGGGAGUACAAGUCGGCCGAGGAGGCACAAGUAGAGCUGGCGGGCGGCAGACCGGAGCUCCUACCAAAGUUAGUACGCUACGGCGGGCACCAUCAACCCCCAACUCCGCCAUCGCCUCCACACCACGGGGGCGGCGGCGGCGGCGGCGGUGGUGGCUUCCCCCGGGACCAUCAUCGUGACCACAGACCACUCGCUGACCACGCGGCUACGGCCACCAGCCGAAGCGCGAGCAGCAGCAACAACAACAACAGCAACCACCUUAACCACCACCACCACCCACACCACCAAACCAAUAAUACUCAACCGCCGCCGCCGCCAUCAUCGUCGUCGUCAAUGAAGCGGAGACGCCACGAAUACGAAGAGGGUGGCAGCCCCCCACUGGGCAACGGCCGGCCCGCCGGGGUAAGGCGGACAAUGAUGUUUGGCGAGGGAGUCUUAGGCGGGAGAGACAGCAGGGACAGCCCCGAUUCGGCGCACGAAGCGAAUAAGAGGGAAACGUUUAUUAGGUUAUGCGGGGAGCUUUGGGAUUUGCUUCGCUCAUGA